AUGAAAGAGUUACUUGAUAGGCGCAAAGCGCGAUGGCAUAGACCAAGUUACGGCUAUUCAACGGAAGUACUAAAUCAAGAAAGUGAUGUUGAGACAACAACUAAAUAUUUUAUAGAUUUGACUAGAUCUUCAGAAGACAGACUAGACCACGGAUUCGCUUACGAUUACGCCGACUUCUUCGAAAUGGCUCGAACCAGUGAUAAAACCAAGAAAUCAUUCUAUCCGCCUAGUAAGUACCGAAGAUAUGGAGACGAUUACAUCACAAAGAAGAUACUACGCACAAAUUUCUACUCCGAUAGCGAGUCAGACUCAAGAAAGGGAAGAUGGAGUGACUCCUCGGAAGCAUCUGACGAGGUUGUUAAGCCGAAGCGCGGUAGAAAGGACCCUUUCAACUACAUGCAAGCACCGACUAGGAUAUAUGAGAUCGAGUUGGAUCUGCGCAGACGGCUACCGCACUUCUUGCCGAAGAGACAUCAUUGGGACGAGGAAGAUUUUAAGAAUUUACGUAAUUACUGGAUACACGGACCGCAAGGGAAGUACCCUGGGCCCUAUAGAAUUCCUUAUUAA